GCCCCGCACGCUUUUGCGCGCGGCCUCCCGCGGUCGUCGCUACCUGUUCGCGCGCCGGCGCUCGGCUGCACUACUUCCCUCGGGAACUCUGGGUGGUCCCCUCCGCUGAGGCGCCAUUGGGCCUGGCCGCCGCGGAGCCAGGAGGGACACGAGAGCCGCUAAGCCCGGGGCAACAGCCGCGACAGCGAGCGCGAGGCGGACGCGGUGCGGGGACGCGGGAGCGACGCGCUCGGCCCUCGGCCGGCUCGCGGCCAGACGUGAGCAAUCGGAGGCCGAGUGGGGGGGCGGAGCCUUCUCGGCCCUUGGCGCCGCUGCUCCGGGGCGUCUUUGGAGGUGCGCGUCCCCCCCGGAGCGGUGCCGAGCAGUCUUGAGGCUCCGGCGUCGGAAGAAGUCCCACAUGAAGAUCCUGUCAUAGUAGUUCACAAAAAAAAAAAAAAAAAAAAAACCCAGCAUGUCACGUGCCACACCAUUUAAGAUGAGAUUCGUUCACUUGGACCUUAAAGGAGCACCUCCAAAGGUUUCGUACCUCUCUGAGGUUUUUCCUCUAUUCCACGCACUCGGUGCAAAUGGUCUCCUCAUUGAGUAUGAAGACAUGUUUCCCUAUGAGGGCCGCCUGAUGCUGCUGCGGGCCAAGCAUGCGUACAGCCCCUCUGAAGUUGCGGAGAUCCUGCGCCUGGCCAAGCUCAAUGAGCUGGAAGUGGUUCCAUUGGUGCAGACAUUUGGACACAUGGAGUUUGUGCUAAAGCAUGCGGCAUUUGCACACCUCCGUGAAGUGGCUGUCUUCCCCAACACCCUGAACCCUCAUGAGGCUGAGUCUCUAGCAUUGGUAAAAGAUAUGAUUGAGCAGAUCAUGGAGCUGCACAGGGGUGUCCGGUGGCUCCACAUUGGCUGUGACGAGGUCUACUACUUGGGCGAGGGGGAGACCUCAAAACAGUGGCUACAGCAGGAACAGAACAGCCUUGCGAAAUUGUGUCUGUCCCACAUGCAGGCGGUAGCCAGCCAUGUGCUGGCACAGCACCCUGGCACAACACCCUUGGUGUGGGAUGACAUGCUACGGGACAUCCCCCAGGAUCAGCUAAAAGCCUCUGGGGUGCCUCAGCUGGUGGAGCCUGUGCUCUGGGACUAUGGAGCUGACCUGGAUGUCCACAGCAAAAUCUUCCUCAUGGGAAAGUACCAGGAGUGUGGCUUCCAGAGGCUGUGGGCUGCCAGUGCCUUCAAGGGGGCCACAGGGGCGAGUCAGGCCCUGCCGCCUAUUGAGCACCACGUUAGAAACCAUGAGCAGUGGCUCCAGGUGGCAGUCAGUGGGCCAGUGGAUACUCUGCAAGGAAUCAUUCUGACUGGCUGGCAGAGGUACGACCACUUCUCUGUGCUGUGUGAGCUGCUUCCCGUGGGAAUCCCUUCUCUGGCUGCCUGUCUACAGUCACUUGUGCAUGGAAUGAUUGUACUGGGACCUAGGCCUCCCAGCAUGGAGAAGGAACUGUCUGUCAAUGGCUUCCUGCGACAGCCUCUCGUGCUGACCUGGAGCACCCAAAGGUCAGGAGGCCCCUCUGACCACUUCUGCCUGUGGGUGGUUUCAGGAGGCUUUGCUGAGGAUGUUAAGCUGAGAGUGGAGCACUUCCUUGGGGUUUCAAGCCUGGAAAUAAUGGAUACUGUGAGUGAGGGAGCUGGCUCCUUCCCUGGCAGUGACAUCCAUGCCCUCGUCACACAAGUAAGCCUCCACCUGCGCAGCUCUGUGGAUACACUUCUGGAAAGGAACAGGUAUGUCACUGGCUGGUUCAGCCCCUACCACCGCAGGCGGAAGCUUAUUCACCCGGUUAUGAUCCAGCAUAUACAGCCAGAGGCGCUCAGCCUUCUGAGCAGGUGGAACAACCUUGUGCAGCAGCUGGAGGUGGCCCUGCAGCUGGCCUUCUACCCGGACACCAUAGAGGAGUGGCUGGAGGAGAACGUGCUUCCGAGUAUGCAGCGACUGCAGGGUCUGCUGCAGGACCUGGGUGAGGCGUCUACCCCACUGCCACUGCCACCACCCCCCAGCUCAUGCUGGGACACAGGUCAGAACCCCUGAGGGGCUGGGGUCCUGUGUAUCAGCCUGGACAACACCAAGAUUCCUGCCUCAAUGCCCAGCCACGUGGGGCCUGUGAUCUUCCUGCUGAGCCUGGACACCUGUGCAGACAGGCUCCCAAACUGUAAAUAGUAACCUUAGGCAAAGCAGAACCCAGAAAAAGGCACAUGGAGACUCAUUUGCAAUUUGCAUGUAGAGCUUUAUUAUGAAAUAAAAAGACCAGCAGAAGC